CUGUUUGGGGGGCGGGUUCACCCCGAGCCCGCCUUUUCGAGCGACGCAGAGCUAAGCCAAUCACGUUAUGCUUAGUAAGCGCGCGUGAAUGAUUGACGUGGAUGGCCGCCAAUGGGCGGGGAUUCGUGGCUUCUUGAGGAAAACGUGGAUUCUGUCAGCCAAUCCCAGAGUAGAAACAGGGCGGGACUAGCCGUUACCAAGGCAUAUCUCAAUCUAGCAUAAAUGGAAUAACAUGGUGUCCCAAAGGCUGUUUAUGUUUACUUAGUGCGCUCUCUCAGAGAUUUACUUUUUCCUCAAGACACCGUGACGUUUUGUUUUUUUUUUUUUUUUAUCUUUUCUUACUUUAAUGUUCCGCUUCAUACGGCCCAUGGCAUGUAAAUAAUAUCCUUCACUAAUGUGCCAGUUUUACCAAUGGAAAGGGGGCUUCGCUUUGGAAACGUGGGCAUUUUCCUGGUGCUCCUGCUGUUGCUGAAGCUGCGCAUCGGGUUCGGGAGCGCGCAGAGCCCGGGCUCCAUCACCGUGAGCCGGGGCCCGGGAGAUGGUGCCGGAGUCAUGGAGCGCAGCCUGGAGAACCUGGGAGCCCCGGGAGCAGACGUCACCGUGGAGGACGACGAAACCGGGCCGGCGGGGGAAGCAGACGAACCGGGCAGAGAGAGGAACGGAAACGUCAGAACCGCGAGGUCUCUUGUGAUCAUCAGUACCCUGGACGGGCGGAUCUCUGCUUUGGAUCCUCACAACCAGGGCAGGAAGCAGUGGGACCUGGAUGUUGGCUCAGGGAGUUUGGUGUCCUCCAGCCUCAGCAAACCUGAGGUGUUUGGCAAUAAGAUGGUGAUACCUUCACUGGAUGGUGCCUUGUUCCAGUGGAACCGGGACAGGGAGAGUAUGGAGGCAGUGCCUUUCAGCGUGGAGUCCCUGUUGGAGUCCUCGCACCGCAUCGGGGAGGACACCGUCCUGGUCGGCGGCAAAUCCCUCACUACUUACGGCCUGGGCGCUUACAGCGGCAAGCUUCGCUACAUUUGCUCUGCUGGGGGCUGCAAUCGCUGGGGCGAGGAUGAGGCCGAGGCUGAAGAUGUGCUCCUGCUUCAGAGGACUCAGAAGACUGUGCGUGCGGUCAGGCCUCGAUCAGGAACAGAGAAGUGGAACUUCAGUGUUGGAAACUUUGAGCUGAAACUCCUCCCAGAGAUUCAAUCUGGAAUGAACUUCCUGGAGGGGGAGAUGACAAACGAUGAGCCCUGGAAGGAAAACCAGAGGGUCAUCACAGAUGAACCAAAGGAGAGGGAGAAGAGGGAGGACAAGCAGAACCAAAACCAGCAUUUGGACCUCGUCAUCAAAGUGUCUGUCCCAGACUGGAAAGUCAUGGCCUUCACGGAGCCCAACGAGCAGCUGGUCUGGGAGCAUCAGUUUUGCACACCCAUUGCCUCCGCCUGGCUUGUCGGUGGAGGGAAAGUUACUCCGAUCAGCCUGUUUGACGACACGGGCUACAGCAGCCAGUCUGAAACUGAAGACGAAGAGGACGAAGAUCCCAGCAAGAGCCGCGGUUCUGGAGAGUCAAGCGUCUACCUUGGCAUGUUCCAGGGACAGCUCUACCUUCAGUCAUCAGUGAGAAUCACAGAAAAGUUUUCUGCCAAAGCCAUCGGAUCAGAGAAAGACAACAUAAUCCACGUACCCGUCGUUAAAUGGAAGCCUCUAAUACAUUCUCCGUCUCGGACUCCAGCUCUGGUCGGUUCUGAUGAAUUUGACAAGUGUCUGAGUAACGACAAGUACUCCCAUGAUGAAUACAGCAACGGAGCCCUGUCCGUUCUCCAGUAUCCAUACGACAACGGCUACUACUUCCCCUACAGCAAACGCUACCGGGAGAAACGGGACAGCGCCAUCAGCCUGAUCGGAGGAAAUGAAGCCUCCUCCGAGAACCGCAGGAGGAAAGACCCGGUGCUGCUCCUGCCCUGGUGGAAGGAGAUCCUCGGAACCAUCAUCUUCUGCAUCGCCACCACCACCUACAUUGUCCGCAAGUUCUUUCACCCUCCUGCCCCCGUGGCCUAUGUGAGGCAACGGAAAGAGUCAGAAACUCAGUGCCAGACAGACUGCAAGUUUGACCUUGAAGUUGUGGAGUCCAGAGAAGCUGUUACCAUGGAGAUCCGUUCCACUGAAUAUGUGUCCAGGUACCUGACAGACUUUGAGCCCAUGCAGUGCCUUGGCCGGGGGGGAUUUGGCGUUGUGUUUGAAGCACGCAACAAAGUGGAUGACUGCAACUAUGCCAUCAAAAGAAUCCGGCUGCCCAACAGGGAGCUGGCCCGGGAGAAGGUGAUGCGAGAGGUGAAGGCGCUUGCCAAGCUGGAGCACCCGGGGAUUAUCCGCUACUUCAACGCCUGGCAGGAGAGCCCCCCCGAGGGCUGGCAGGAGGAGAUGGACCAGCGGUGGCUGAGAGACUCCAGUGCUACCGACUGGCCAAUGAGCUUUGUUGACCACAUGGAGGCGCUGUCAGUCAAAGUCCCUGUGUCCAGCUCGGUGUGCCCCCGCGGGCCGGACGGCGACAUCCUGGGGGCAUCAGCUGCUGAGCGUGCCCUGCUGUCCAGCAGCACUGUGGGCUUUGACAACGGAGAGCCGUCCUUCCAGCCGCUGCUCGGCCACGACAGCCUGAUGUCUGAGAGGGACAGCCAGGCCGACGCUUCCGACACCCCCCACUCCUUCGAGCUCUGCCCCCCACGCGGACCCAGCGACUGCACCUCCUCCUCCUUCGACAUCGUGUUCGAGGACUCAGGCUGCGAUCGGGACGCAGACGCAGACACAGAGUCGGACUGCGGCGCAGCCAGCCCCAACACAGAGACGGACAGGAACAGCUCGUCUUCCUCACAUACCAGACGACCGCCGUCUGCUCCCGCCUCCUCCUCAACCCCUGUGAGGCCAACGUCUCUUACCCUGGCUCUCCCUUCAGCUCCUCCAAGCCAGCGACUCCAGCCUUCACCUAAGGUGUACCUGUACAUCCAGAUGCAGCUCUGCCGGAAGGAGAACCUGAAGGACUGGAUGGCUCAGCGCUGCCUGCCAGAACAAAGGGAGCACAACCAGUGUCUGGACAUCUUCCUGCAGAUCGCUGAGGCUGUUGACUUCCUGCACAGCAAGGGGCUCAUGCACAGGGACCUGAAGCCCUCCAACAUCUUUUUCACCAUGGAUGACGUGGUCAAAGUGGGCGACUUCGGCCUGGUGACGGCGAUGGACCAGGAGGAGGAUGAGGACGAGCCCAGCGCUCUCACACCCGCCCCACUCCUGACCCGGCACACGGGCCAGGUCGGCACCAAGCUGUACAUGAGCCCGGAGCAGCUCUCUGGAAACUCCUACUCCCACAAGGUGGACAUCUACUCUCUGGGUCUGAUCCUGUUUGAGCUGCUGUAUCCCUUCAGGACGCAGAUGGAGAGAGUCAGGACCCUCACGGAGGUGAGAGUGCUGCACUUCCCUGAGGUGUUCUCCAGAAACAACAGCCAGGAGCUGAGCAUGGUGCGCAGCAUGCUGUCGCUGAGCCCCAGCGAACGCCCGGAGGCGGCGGAGAUCACGGGGACGGCCCUCUUCCAGGAGCUGGAGCUGCCCUGCCGGCUGGCUCUGAGGCCGCGCUCCCGCACCUACAGCUCCUCCUCAAUGGGCCGGCCCUCACGCCAGACUUCUACUACCUGAAACCUUGACUGUGACCCUAUGUGACCCUCCGCUCUGAGACGAGGACCUCCUGAAGCACCAAUCUGCAGAAAUCACCUCAGUUUGAGAUUUGUGAUUAACUGCAGCCCAACUUCUCCUGUUUGAUUCAGUUUCAGUAGAGAUGAGCCCACAGAAGGCAGCCAUGUUUUCAUGCUCACACCAGAAACCCCCGAUGGGUGCAAAUGCUUCUGUGUGGAUCUCUCUGCACCCUGCUGGAACAUCUUCAUCCCUCUGGGUCAGUCGGUGUUGGCUCGGCCACACCUCAUCGCCUGCAGGAGGCGCUCCACAGGGGACCCUGAAGCUUCCCUUCAUCUCUGAGCACCGACCGCCUUCACAUCCUCCACACGCCUGACCUGGAAGACCAAAAAGGACCUUCUCUUUUUUGAAGAGUUAGUGAUAUACUUCCUCACCUGUAGGGCGGGGCCAGCGGCCCCUCGGAGGGAUUUGGCUCCCGUCUCUGUGGGGAAGUGAGGGGAUUGUUUUAAAGCAGAACCUGGAGUCGGUUUUUCUCAGAGACAAUCAUUUUCUAACUGUACAUAUUCUUGUUUCUAUCAUUGUUACUCCAGAACCUUCUCUGGAUCUUGUACAGACUGUACUGCUUGUAAAAGGCUCUUUUAUGACACAACUGUAAGAUAGUGUGAUAUACUGUGAGAGAGGAAGCAAAGAGGAGACGACCUCUGCCAUUAAGUGAAAGCUGAAUGUCAUGGUGUGACCACACGGUGGGGGUCACCUCUUCCAAACUGUUCUCAGUGUUUUGCUCUUUUGUGACCCGGCUGGAGGGUUUGGCUCGCACAGCCUGACAGAACCAGAGUGCCAUUUGAAAGUCAGUUAAGUGUACUUUUGUGGAACCGAUGACUCGCCUCGCUUUUUGGAAGUUAUCCACUUAUCAUGCUGGUGUUCCAGCAAACACACUGGGGCGACCCAUGCACUGCGGGGGACCUGGACCUGAUCACAUGAUCUUCUUCGUUAUGCAUCUGAAGUGCUGGGAGAGUCACGUGACUUGUUAGGAACUACAAACACAAUCUCUUAUUUUGUAGGAGUGCUUUCAAAGACUGUACUUUUGAAAAACAUCUUUCUUUCUUUUUUUUUUUUACAAAAAGUUCCGUUUUUUUUAGAAUUCUGCAGACCCGUUUGUGUCUGACGUAGGAAGUCAAACCGAUACUCCAGGCUCGUGACAUGCAGAAGGCCCUGCAGAGGUUAUGAUGAAGCUUCCAGAGCGGACAGUCAUUCUGCAGAACCGUCUUCUUCAUCCACCUGAAACCCUUUUUCACAAACCUUUUGUAUAAUUUUUCUACUUCUUAGUCUCGAUUAGUUUGAUGUUGGAUUAAGGAAACAUUUUCCAAAAAUGUUCUUGGAAAGCAUUUUCAUCUGUUCUUGGGAGGAUGAGCUGUGUUUGCAGCUUAGAUGAUGAAGAAUCCAGCGUUCACAGCUCCACUGAUAUGUUAUCAGUAGUUUCAUCCGAUCAAGAUGUUUAUCCUCUCCUCCUGCUGGUUUUUGAGGAUCUCGUGGAGGACGACUCCCCUUCCCUUGUGUGGGCUGCACCUGUCAGUCAGGUCUUCUUGUGCACAACCUCGCAUCACACUGUCUAUAUUAAACCUGUAAAUAUGUCCAUUUGCUUUAUUUAUGUUUUGAUGCUGCGAUCAAUCCGCGUUGGGUUGGAGUUGUCAUGAAUGUGCUUCUCGGAGCGCGUUGGAGUAUGCUGACUUCUUAAAAGUCUAAGUUUAAUAAACUCUUCUAUUCCAUUUGUA